UUUUCUCACACAUUCCAUUCCAUAAAACACAACAAUUUCAAUCUUUCUUCGCCUACAACUAAACAAAACAAACAACACUUUUAUCUCUUUAUUCUCGGGUUUGUGGUUCGCUUUUGCUUCGAUAAAUUUUCAUUUGGAUUGUGUGGAACUUGGUGGCUGAGUUUUUCUUUACUUGUUUUGUUUAUCGUUUGUGAUUUAGCAACUUUUGAAGUUUGUAAGCAUGAUCCCUGCAUACAGAAACAUGGAUUCAUACCCAUUUUACAGAAAUCAAAUACCAUUUCCUUAUUACUAUCAUCCCUCCAUGGAACAUGUUACCCCACAAAUGACCAAAUCACACUUUCCUUAUGAACAACCUUGGCCUUAUGCUAGCAGUUAUGCACCACAUUUCUGCUAUAGUCACUUACCUUCUUAUCCUCAUGUUCCCUCUCCAUCACCAGUGUUUUAUUCUGGUGGCGGUCCUUCACUCUUUGGUCCUUAUUCUCCACAAUCACAUUAUGACAUGGAGGUUCCGAGAUAUGAGUAUGAUAAGUAUAUGCCGAAGGAUCGUCAUUGUUGUGGUUGUCCUAAUCAUUCAUGCAACAACCAAAAGGGAGAUAGAACUGUGAGUGUUGAAGAGCAAAAACCUAAUGUUGGUAAGAAAGAGAAUGAUGGUAUGGAGUUUAGGAAUUUUCCGUACCCUUUGGUUUGGAUUCCACCAGAGUAUUAUGGUAACAGACAAAUGAAAAUUCCUACUGGGGUGGUGGAUGAGCAAGAUAAAAAACUUACUGGGGCGGAAGAUUUCAAUGCGGAUGUGCAGCGCACAGUUGAGCCGAGAUUGCAGAAUGGAUGGUUACCCUUUGAUGUAAAGGGUGUGCCGAACAUGUUUCAUGUUCGCGAUGAAGAUGGAAUAAGAAGUGUUAAGAAGGAAGCUGACGAUAAUGUGGGGGAGUAUGGAAAUGCAAAAAUGGAUCAGAAAUAUCAGAGUGAACAACAAAAGAGAUCUGAAUUUCCAUUUCCAUUCAUUUGGUUUCCCUCUUAUAAUAAUCAACAGGAUGGUGGAAGGACAAACAAUCAGACAAGCUAUUCAGCGCAGGAAGGAGUCGAGGAGGUGCCUCAUACAUUCAAAUCUAUUCCUGUGAAGUCUUGUGGUGAUGAAGGUGUUGUAAAAAGGACUAGUUCAAAUGAUGUUGAGUCCAGAUAUAUAAGGGAUUUUGAUGUUGCAGAGAAAGUGAGUAACCAAAGAAAUGUUCCUGUGAAGCAAAUUGAGUCGCAUCAUGUGAAAAACAACUCCAUGGAUAGUGAAUUGAGAAAAGUGAAUGUCCCUGAAGACACUGUAGCAAAAGAAGACUCGCACUCUGUCAGCAAACGACGGUCCAUUUCUCCAACUAAGGGUUCUAAGUUACCUCCUGUUUGUCUAAGAGUUGAUCCAUUACCAAGGAAGAAAAAUGGCAAUGGGAAAUCAAGGUCUUUAAGUCCACCUGCUUUAAGGGAACGUUCCAAAGCAAUAGAUUGUGAAACAAGCAACACUCCUUCGGACAGCAUAACAGACAAGACUGAGCUGUGUUCACCUCAGGUAUCUCAAAACAAGACUAAUGAAAACAUGGCCACAAACACAGCAGUUCAUGAAGAUGGUAAAAAAGAAAGACGAGUUUUAUCGGAUGCAGAUGCUGCUGUUGUGAUACAAACUGUUUACCGUGGUUAUCUAGUAAGAAAAUCAGAGCCCUUAAAGAAACUAAGGCAGAUAGAUGAAGUCAGUAAAGAGGUGACUUAUGUUAAGGAUCGUAUUGAGGCUUUUGAAGGUUCUUCUAAUCUUCAAACUGAUGACAAGGAGAAACUUGCCAUUGGAGAGACCAUAAUGAGACUAUUGCUGAAGUUGGAUACUAUACAGGGUUUGCAUCCAAGUUUGAGGGAAAUCAGAAAGUCUCUGGCAAGAGAGCUUGUGACUUUGCAGGAAAAGCUUGAUUCUAUAACGGUGAAGAAUCCUCCUCAGCAGCAGAUGCAAGAGUUAGAUGCUAAGAAACACCUUGAAAUAUCUCUGCAAAAUGUUCAGAAUGAAGAACAUAACCAAGAGCAACAAGAAGAGAAAGUGGCAUCACAAAAAGAUUCAUAUGAAGGUAUCAGUGAUGGAAAACCUCAGGAUCAGUUCUGCAUAAUGGAUGUCCACGGUGAAAGUGAACCUCAGUACCAUGUUGGUCCUGGAUCAAAUGAGGGAACAAAGCCUGCUAUACUGCCAAAUGGAUUACUUAAUCUGGAUAUCAGCCCAGUGGUUUCUGUUAACGCGGUGAAUUCCAUAAGUAAUGUUUCAGAUAAAAUGGACGUGGAAUUGGAAUCAAAAGUCACUGACAUUCCUAUUGAGGUUGAUAAACUCAAUAUAACUGCGCUUAAAGAACUUCCUGUGGGAGUUAUUGAUGAAGAUACCAUUGAGGAUUAUGUAAGUGAAAGGUUAGAUUCUGAUAUGCGUGCAAUGAAGGAGCUUCCAGUGGGAGUACUCGAAGAGACUAAUACUUCCGAAAAUGAUGCAUUCAUCAAAGAACUCCCAGUAGAACUGCUUGAUGAGAAUGCAGAGAAAUCUGAAGCAGAAAGAUCUGAAUAUAAAGAAAAAGAUACUGAACUAGAGCAGCCUCUGGUUGAAGAAAAAGAAGGGGUGCAGUCUAGUGAGGAAUCAGAUGGUUGGGUACAGAUUGAGCUCGAGAAACAAGAUGAGGUAAAGAUUGAGCUCGAGAAACAAGAUGAUGAAGUCAAAGUGGAAGCACCAAUGGAAACAGAAUCAGGAGAGGGAGUUGGAAAUGAUUCUAAGUUACCAUCUCUUGCAAAUGAGGAAGCAAAUGAUGUAGCAAACAUCCUGUUGAAUGAAAAGGAACCAAAAGAGAAUCUUGCACAGCAAGAAACACAUAUUGAUGUUCAAGACACUGUUGCUGGAGAAACAAACAGUGGUGAUAAAAACACAGAAACUUUGGCCAAGGAGGAAACUGAACCUUCUUUAGAUUUAUCUGUUACAAAACAUAAUGCAGAGUUGAAUGGUAACAUCAUGUUAUUGGAAGAGAAUGAGAAACUAAGGAAGUUGAUGAAGGAGUUGCUUGAAGCUGGGAAUGAACAGUUAAGUGUAAUAUCAAAUUUGAAUGGGAGAGUGAAAGAUUUGGAGAAGAAAUUAGCCAAAACUAGGAAGAGUAAGAAAGUGAAGACAAAGAGACAUAGAUCAGUAACUCCCAAAGUGUCAUGUGAUUACUCUACUGAAUAAUUAAAAGUCAUUAGAAGUGAUUCUCAACACUGUAAGUUUUGUAUGUUAAGAGUGAGAUGUGGUAUGAGUCAUGUUAUAUUGAUUAUGUAUAAUUGUAAUGUUUGUGAUAUGAAUAUGAAUAAUGUUAUGUUUCAUUUUUUA